CAGCAGCUGUCUGGACUUCAGCAGCUCAAGGUGGGGCAAGAGUCAUGUCUGUCCAGCUGUUUGAGGGGAAAGACCAUGCAGCCAUUUAUCAGAAAUACAGGUUCCCUCCAUCCCCGGAUCUUCUUAACAUCAUCUUCUCCUAUUUAGAAGAAAAGAAGGGCAAACCCUACGACCUAGCGGUGGAUGUUGGCUGUGGAUCAGGCCAAAGCACAUGGCUGCUGGUCCCUCACUUUGCCAGGGUCCUGGGGACAGAUAUCAGUGAAGCUCAGAUUGAACAGGCCAAGCGAAUACCCAGCCCCUCCCAUGUUUCUUACUGUGUCUUCCCAGCAGAAGCCCUCCCGGUGGAGGAUGGCUCCGUGGACCUGCUCACCGCCUUCGCAGCGGCGCACUGGUUUGACAUACAGCCCUUCAUGAGAGAGCUAGAGCGAGUUCUGAAGCCCGGGGGCUCUGUGAGCCUCAGUUCCUACACCCUCAACAUGAAGAUUCGUUAUGGGGACUGCUCUGAGGCGCUCUCUGAGCUCUUCAGGGAGACUCAAGCUGUCCUUAAAAAGCAUGCAAAUGAAAAAUUGCAUGUCCUCUUCUCUGAGUACCAAGAGAUACUUGAUCUUAUGCCUUUUCCGGACAAAAAAAGAAUUAUUUUUCAGGUAAAUGAAACUUCCUUUACGGUCGCUGGCCUGAUGGGAUUUCUGCAGUCCCUUUCCAUGUUCCAGAUGUUUAAGAAUGCCCAGCCAGAGGCAGCUGAAGCCUUUUUGCAGCAGACUCAAUCGAGAUUCUUGGAGACCAUGAAGGUAUCUUCUCCUGAAACUCCGUUAGAGAUAACACUUGAAUAUAUUUGCGUUUUGGCUUGUAAGACCCCAAAGGAGAAGGUGGCAACUUAGUUUCCAAAUGAACCAAACUCCUAACCUUGGACCCAGUUCCAAAUCCAAUAAAGAGGCAUAGGAUCUCAAGAAGGAA